UUACUUUCGAAAUUGAAUUUAUUGAAAAAGGAAGGAAAUAAUGUUCCAAUACGAAUACGAGAAGCGUCCACCUUCAUCCACCUCGUAUGACAGUCGGGCAGCCAUGACACCCCCUUGGGGUUAUACUGCGGGAACUACGCCCCCCAAUGAUCGAGCCCGUAGACCCCUCCCGCCGAGACCGGUGUGCGACAGAAUACCAACCAAGACUACUGUACCUUUGAAGGUUUGGGUGAUAGCAAGCGCGUCUUGCUUCUCAGUUUGCGCGGCGCUAGUGCUCGCCACUGUUGUUAUAACUAAAUGGGGUGCGACAGAGACGUACAACACACAAGAGGUCUUCGAAGCACCGGAGCCUAUAUAUUCAAAUCCACGUAUGUAUCCAAGAAAAAAUAUAAAAUUUCAAGAAAUACAAACAACAACAGAAACAGACAACGAAAUCCACGAUCCUAUAAUACAAAAACUUUCAAUAUUCAAAAACAUAGUAUCCAAUAGAGAAAAUAAAAAAGAAAAAAACCUUGUAUCAAAACCUCAAAUACACCCAAUACACGACACAACAAUGCAUCACGCGGAAAAAAAGAUAGAAAAAAAACAACAAGCGAUAUACACAGAACAAAAACUACCGGAAUUCAAACAUAAACUACCGGAAAUAGACAACACACCUUUAGUUGGAUAUAAACAUGACACAGAUUAUGAAGAAUAUUACAACGAUGUUAAUUUAUAUGAAGAUUAUUUAGAAAGCAACACAAUGACUAGUUAUUUAAUAGAAAAAGUACAAGAAUUACACGAUUGGAUAACAUCUGAUCCAGAUUUUAAUGGCAACACCAAACGAGAAUCGAGUAAUCAAUUCGGACAAGUUUUGAAAGCAUUAAACGAAAGUAUUAUAGAAGGGAAUAUAUCUAAAGUUAUGAGUAAACUUAAAGAUAUAUAUCUAAGUGAUAAUAAUACACAAGUUACGAGGAAAGUUAUUUUAAGUAAUAGCACAGAUUUACUUUCGUUCGGUAUUCUCACUUUAGAUGUAAUGUUGUUACAUAAUAUACAGUUAAUGGCUUGGGAGAAUCAGGAAGCGGCGAGGGUCAAAAUGCUGAAAGACCCCGAGGUGUUUGCGUUCAACGCUUUGUUUUUAGAACCAGGGAAAGUAGAGGCGAAAAGAAAUGAAAUAUACCAUCAGGAAAUGAUAGCUAAACGUCAAAAUCGUCCAGAAACGGCGGAAGAAUUCGAUUUCGGAAAGAAUCUUUUGGAUAAUGUUCUAGAAAUAGGUUUGAGUACUGCUCGGGCGGCCAUACACCUCGGCAGAGCUUAUAAGAACACCAAGCAAUUAUUAACACAAUUAUCAAAUAAAGAAAAUAUAAAUUCAAACAUACAGAAUCAACUUUCCCGCAACAUAGAUGGCAACACUCAAGCGCUCAAUCUUCUGCAAACGUCAUUCAAUAAAAGUGACAGCUCCAGUGUUGCCAACAACACGCAAAUUUAUACCGAUUUGGAUUGCGUUUGGUUUUUGUAUUGCAAGAAUUUGAUCGCAACAGCGAAAUUAAAUGCACCGUAUGGUACUAUGGCUAGAAUUAAUGGUCUAGCUUUGCGUAUGCUGACAGGAGAGUUGUCGACUGACCGCGCGUUAGACACGAUGCUGUACGAAGCUCUCACAGGAUGGACUGAACUAAAGUGUCAAGAUAUGUUCCCCAGGUGUAGUAAAAUGAACGCAGCAUCAAUAGUAAUGGAUACAAUCGUGCAAUCAACAAGGAAGAUGCAACCAAAAUAACUUCGAAAUAAAAUCUACUAAAACCGUAGAAAUUUUUUUUAACAGCAACAUUAUUUAUGACCAGUGACUUUUAUAAAUGUUGUCAUGUUUAAAAAUAAAAUUACA